UUCUCAUCCCAAAAUAUCUCCUCCUCUCAGAAGAAAAAAAUAAAUAAAAACUACUGAAGAAGAAGAAGAGUAAAGCAUUACUUCAGGAGAACUUUUGAGAUGGAAGCAUCUGUCUCUAGGGCAUUGAUGGAGUCUGAUUCUGGGGAAACAAAAGUUUUGGAAGCGUUGAUUGAUGCGUUUAGUUCAGAAUUUUCUCUUAGGGAGAUAGCUUCUGCGUAUUGCAAGGCUGGCCGUGAUCCAGAUAGGGCUGCUGAAAUUCUUUGUGAUGGUCAAAAGUUAAGGAACUGCUCUAAUGCUGCAUCUGCCGUUAUUGCCACUCAACGGGAAGCAAAUUGUCCAUUGUCAUCAGCUUCAUCGGAAUCUUUAUGUGAGAGUGUUGAUGACAAGCCAAGUUCUGCAAAUUAUUGGAAUUCUAAGGCAUCAAAAACGCAAAAGCUGUCAGUUGGUAGUGUUUCUGGUGUUAUUGGUGAGGGGAAUGUGAUGCCUAACACACCUGCAUGGGGUCCCGUUAGCAGAAUAAGGCCUUCAUAUUCAGAAAUCUUGGUUGAGAGUGUUGCUACAAAUUGGGGUGCGGAUGAGGGUUUCAAGGCCUCGGAACUGAAAAACUCGGCCUUGUCAGUUGGUAGUGUUUCCGAUGUUAUUGGUAAGGGGAACGCGAAGCCUAACACACCUGCAUGGGGUCCCGCUAGAAGAACAUUAUCAGAAACCUUGGGUGAGAGUGUUGCUACAAAUUGGGGUGCGGAUGAGGGUUUGAAGGCCUCGGAACUGAAAAACUCGGCCUUGUCAGUUGGUAGUGUUUCUGGUAAGUGUUUGAUAUGCAGCAGACCUGCAUGUGGUCCCCUGGGCGCAACUAAACCAUUGAAAUUGGAUAUGAAAGACUUUCAGUUUGAUGAACUCACAGAUGAUGAUGUUGCAUCAGAUUCAACAGCAAAGGAGGACCAAAUGCAUACAGGAGAAGGGAGGAUUUUUGUGGGUGGACUCUCAAUGGAAGUCAAUGAAGAUACUUUGGAAGAUCAUUUUAAGAAGUUUGGUGAAGUUGUGGGGACAAGGAUUGUAAAACACAAGGAUACAGGUAGUUCUAGAGGUUGUGGGUAUGUUCUCUUCUCAGAUCCAGCUGUAGCUGAUAGAGUUCUUUUAGAAAAACAUGUUAUUCUUGGAAGUUUGGUUAGAGUUGUCACUGCAGUUCCCAAACCCAGAGUUGGACAUGAUAACCCUUACAACCAAAAGGGUUUUAACAAGAGGAGUAAUGAUAAUAAUGGUCAGUUUAGGACAAAGAAGAUUUUUGUAGGUGGUUUACCUUAUAGCUUGACUGAGGAAGGUUUUAAAGCUUAUUUUGAGAAGUUUGGUAGAACUACUGAUGUUGUUAUUGUGUAUACUCCUUCAAAAGAUAGACAUAGAGGUUUUGGUUUUAUCACAUUUGAUUCUGAGGAAGCUGUAGAGAAUGUAAUGCAGAAGAGGUUUCAUGAGUUGUAUGGCAAAGUAGUUGAGGUUAAGAAAAAUGGGAGUAAUAAUGGUCACAGCGGUUGUUAUCAUAUGGGAAAGAACGGUGGAAGAGGAGGAUCUUCUUCUGGUGGUGUACAAGGUGGUGGAAUUAGCCCGCGGUCAAGGCCAGGAUAUGGGGAAAGUUACUCUGGAUAUUAUCCUCAACUUUCAGGUUAUGCCACUGCUGAAGGGACCCCAGUUGUGUCACCCUGGAGUCUACUAUGAAAUAGCAAAGGAGGACCAAAUGCAUACAGGUGCUUGUGGUGCAGUAGCUGUUCUCCUUUCAACAAGAUCUUCUUAACAUCGCUUGACAACUUUUCUUUUUCAUGUGGGGUGACCAGAGCCGUCUUAUGGAUUAGGCCAGAGGCUAGAGCCUCAAAUUGUUGGGGCCCAUAAAUUUAAAAACUUCCUUACAGCUUUCUUGUUUUUGUUUGCCACAUGGGCCGUGCUCUUACUUAGUAGUCUACCACUAGUUUUGUUAAUAGUGAAAAAUACUAUAACCCCCUGCUAUAUGGGUUCAAACAUAUAGAAGCCCCACCAAAUGGAUCAUCCACUGUCAAGUCCAUACUUUCAUGAAAUGAUACUACUAGGCCCAGAAUAUCAAUAUUUCUUCAGAUCUGGCCCAUAAUUAAUUAUUACGAAUUUUAAUAAUGACAA